GACAGCACCCAAGAAAAGAGAGACUCCAGAGAGCAGAGAGGAGGGAUCCCCCAGCCCCCCUAACCCUGACGCAGAACAACACUCUCUCAGAGCGUGAUUUCAGAUGGUGGAAGAACUUGCAAUUUGGCAAUAAGGCCUUUCCCAGCUACAGAAUGGCCGAGAUGAAGGUGUUUGAGAUUUUUCCACAACAGGAGAGCUUCAUGGACUCCAGCCCUGAUCGCUGCAGGACCUGUGCUGUGGUUGGGAAUUCAGUUAAUUUGCUGGGGUCUCACUAUGGACCCCUCAUCGACUUUCAUGACGUCAUCAUGAGGUUCAAUACAGCUCGUACUGUGGGCUAUGAAGGGGAUGUGGGGAACAAAACGACUCUCCACAUCAUGUACCCAGAGAGCGCUGUGGAUUUGGAUGACCACACACAUCUCAUAUUAUUUCCCUUCAAAAUAAGGGACCUUGAGUGGCUAGUCAGCGCUUUCACCACAAAAUCUGUGAAAAUGACAAACAAAGGGUUGAAAUCAACAGUCAAAGCAAAUCAGGGUUUGGUAAAGGUUCUCCAUCCUGGAUUUAUCCAAUAUGUCCAUGAAAACUGGCUGGAAAAAAAAGGAAGGUAUCCAUCCACUGGCUUUAUGGGUGUGGUGCUUGCAAUGCACAUUUGUGAUGAGGUCAGUGUAUUUGGAUUUGGGGCAGACAAGAAUGGAAACUGGAGACACUACUGGGAGGAGCUUCGAAACAAACAUUUUGGAACUGGACCCCAUGGUGGAGGGCAAGAGUACAAACGUAUUCUGGAACUAGCAAAGAGGAAAAAGCUGAACUUUUAUCAAGGGUUUUGAAUGUUUUCUGUCCCUCUGACACAAGGGUAGUGGUAGCAGUACAUCAGGACCCUGAAUCUAAAACACACAAUCUUAAACCACUAACUUCAGAUCUGUGAUUCUCUUAUAAAUUGUAUUAUUUUAUAUGAUUGCAUAUAGGAAGGCAUUUCAUUUCUGUUGCUUUAAUUGUUGUGGGACUGAAAAAUAAACCAUCUUAAAAAACA